CGAGUCCGCUAUAUAACAACCGGCGACCAGAGACCGAGACAAAAUAGCAUCCCACCCCACCCAUGGACACCGACCUCGACCUGGACGCCCUGCUCGCCUCCUUCGCCGGCGAGUCCGCCGCAGUCUCCGAGCUCCUCGCCCCGCCUCCGCUCGAUGCGGCGGAGGCGGGGUCGCCGGAGUCGGUGACCUCCCGGUCCAGCCCCGCCGGCGAGGAGGUGCUGUCGGAGAUCGAGAGGUUUCUGAUGCAGGAGGAGGAGGCGGCGGGGGCGGGGGCGGAGCCGGUGGACGGGAUCAGCGUGGACGAGUUCUUGGACGCGCUGUUCGACGGCGCCGAGGAGGGGGGCGAGAAGGGGAACGGGAGUGAGGCUGAGGCUGGGGGCAGCACUGAUGGGGACUCUAGGAGGGGGGAAGAGGGGGUGGAGGUGGUGACGCCGGAGACAGAGGUGGAGGUGGUGACGCCCGAGACGGAGGUGGAUGGCGACGAUCCCAUCAGCAAGAAGAAGAUGAGGCAAAUGAGGAAUAGGGAUUCUGCCAUGAAGUCCAGGGAGAGGAAGAAGUCAUAUGUGAAGGACUUGGAGACGAGGAGCAAGUAUCUCGAGGCAGAGUGUCGCCGCCUCAGCUACGCACUUCAGUGCUGCGCAGCUGAGAACAUGGCACUGCGCCAGAACAUGUUGAAGGAUAGGCCUAUUGGUGCUCACACAGCCAUGCAGGAGUCUGCCGUACUUUCGGAAACCCUGCCGCUGGUUUCCCUGCUUUGGCUAGUGAGCAUCGUGUGCCUAUUCCUAACGCCCGGUCUACCCAACCGAAGCCUGGCGGCUCCAAGGAGAGCCGAAAGAGGUCUCACAAUGGUAGCCGGAAAGCCAAGCAGUGAUCAACCAGAGACCUUGGAGCUUCUACUCCAUGGAAGGCGCUGGAGGGGCACAAGGGAGAGGAUCAAGCUAGAUACUCCGCCAUUGCGUGCAGCUGCCGCUUGCUAGACUAGUGCCGGCUUAUUCGCAAGUUUCCAGUAUGUAGUGUAGUUAGCAAUGAAUGUCUAUUAUGUGUUCUCUUGCUGCCACCGUGGCUUUAUCCAUGACUAUCUUUCUGCUCUCUCUGUUCCCUUUGUUCUAUGAUCAUCUAAUCAGAUGCUAGUUUUGAAA